AUGGCCUAUCUCACUGCCAUGCUCUCCAGUUACUACAACACCAAGUCGGUGCUGCUGUGCCUGGGGAUCACGGCCCUGGUGUGUCUGUCUGUCACCAUCUUCAGCUUCCAGAGCAAGUUCGACUUCACCUCGUACCAGGGCGUUCUCUUCGUGCUGCUCAUGGUGCUGUUCCUGGGGGGGCUGGUCCUGGCUGUCAUCCUGCCCUACCAAUACGUCCCGUGGCUCCACGCGAUCUACGCUCUGCUCGGGGCUGGGAUCUUCACCAUGUUCCUGGCCCUGGACACGCAGAUGCUGAUGGGGAACCGCCGGUACUCACUGAGCCCCGAGGAAUACAUCUUUGGAGCCCUCAACAUCUACCUGGACAUCAUCUACAUCUUCUCCUUCUUCCUGCAGUUCUUUGGCUCCAGCCAGGAGUGAGGGCAGCGGGGCAGGAUGCUCCCUGUGCUGGCAAAUGUGAGGGGUUAAAUUGAAAAGCAGAGGUGAAAGGGUUCAAA